GCACCCGCUGAUCACGCGUGGGCCCCGCCACGCCAUUGGCCGGCGCCGCACACACCUUUGCAGCCCAUUGGCCCGCGCCCCCGCCCGCCUCGGCCCGGCCACCCGCCACCUGAAUGGGGAGCCCGCGAGAGAGCCGCCCGGGAACAAAAAGAGGGGAAGGCGAGGAGAAGGAGGCGGCGGUGGUCAAGCCCCAGAGCCGCCCCGAAGGAGCCAUGCUCAACUUUGGGGCCUCUCCUUUGCAGAUCGCGGAGGAUAGUAUGGAGAUGAUUACCAAAAGGCAGCACAAUCAGAAGUAUUCUUGGAAUAAUACCACUGAAAAGAGUGAUUUUGAAGCAGUAGAAGCUCUGAUGUUCAUGAGCUGUAGCUGGAAGUCAGAUGUCAAGAAGUAUGUUGAACUGAGACCAAUAACGCCAGCAUCGGAUACAUCUGAAGAACCUGAGGACAAUCUGCUACCUCCUGCUGACAUUCCUACAAUAUCAGCCUUUUGCCUAACUCCACCCUACAGUCCUUCCGAUCUUGACAUGUCUCAGGCAGUCCAUCCAGCAACACCAGCACCAUCGGCUGUGCAGAGCAAGUGCUGGAACGAAAAGAUUCCAGCACCAAGAAUACUGAGAGCUCAGGCAACAAGUGUCAUUCGCCACACUGCGGACGCUCAGCUUUGCAAUCAUGUAACUUGUCCAGCAAGAACUGUGAGCGUUUUGAAGUCUCAAGAUGAUAACAAGAGUGAGGCAAAUCAAACAGAACUGUAUUCAGCUUGUGAAGAGAAAGUACCAGAGUUGCAGGAGAAACAAUGUCCAGUGCCGAUGAAUAGUCCAGUGCCUUUCAUGCAGACUGUAUCUGGCAGCCCUGUACCUGUCCUUGGGUCAGCACAGCAACCUUCACUCAUAAUUCCCUCACCUCAUUUGCAUGCAGGGACGCUCCCUUCUGUGCCUCUGGUGUGCCAGAUGGUUCCGCUCUCUGCUAACAACUCCGUUGUGACAACAGUAGUGCCCAACACUCCUUGCAGUCCAUUGACACCAAACCUUUGUCAGCCAAUGGUCUUCAUGGGAACCCAGGUACCCAAGGGAGCUGUCAUGUUUGUGGUGCCACAGACUGUUAUUCAGAAUCCAAAGGCACCGGUAAUCAGCCCUAACGGCACCAGACUCUCACCUAUUGCCCCGGCUCCAGGUUUAAUCCCUGCUGCAACCAAGAUCACUCCAUCUGUUGACUCCUUAAGGAUAAGAAGUCAUGUUUGCAACCACCCAGGAUGUGGAAAAACGUAUUUCAAGAGUUCCCACUUGAAAGCUCAUGUUAGAACUCACACAGGGGAGAAGCCAUUCAGCUGUAGUUGGAAAGGCUGUGAGAGGAGAUUUGCACGUUCUGAUGAACUCUCUCGCCACCGUCGAACACACACAGGGGAGAAAAAAUUUGCCUGCCCAAUAUGUAAUCGACGAUUCAUGAGAAGUGACCACUUAACCAAACAUGCACGUCGCCACUUGUCAGCCAAGAAGUUGCCAAACUGGCAGAUGGAAGUGAGCAAGUUAAAUGAUAUUGUUGUACCCCCUACUUCUGCUCCACCACAGUGAGGUAUAACCAUCUGAAGACACUUUUAACUGGGUGUUGUCACGGUAGUUACAGAAGCAGCAGUGAUGGCAAACAGCUUGCAGACCUGGUUCCCAUUUCAGGCUCAAACAGAAGAAAUGGUUGUGUGUUUUCAGUGUGCCAGUGACCCAAGAGACAGGAAUUUCUCUUUCACUUGGAGGAAGGAGCAAUGGAAGUGUCAAUGCCAAUGCAAGAAUGGGGCUUGAAACAUGUGAAAACUUCAUACACACUGUAGAUCAGCUAGGUGUAAACUAGAGAUGAGUGCAGGUGUUUAACAAGCUCUUUAGAGAAAUUGUCAGUAAAGCACAGGAGGAAAUGUCAGUUUCUGAUACAGAAUCAGGGAUAACAUUGAGUUUAUACUGAAAUGCUGUAAAUUCUUUGGAAGCAGAGAAAUUCAGUUUAAUUCUCUUUAGUUUUGACCAAUAGUGGAAAUCAAGUUACCCAAGAGACUUGAGAAUAGGCUGUUUAUCUCCAUACCAUAAUAUUUCAAGUGUAACGAAUUAUAGCAUUUCUGAACAGUUGUCAGACAUAUAAUUAAGAUACUAUAUGGUUGGAUUAUUCUAACAUUCAAGUCUAAUAGUAUUUUUACUAUUCUUUUUGAAAACAUCAUGAUUAGUAUCAAUAGCCGUACAUCAUCAUCUUUUGAUAUUUCUGCCUUGUAAGUUGCUUAUCGUUUCUUUUAUACUUUCCAAAUUCUAUGCCACUGCAUUUUCAAAACCUUGAUACAGUGCACUUUGUUUAAGAUAUAAUCUUAAAAGGUAUCUAUGAAGCUUUAUAUUUUCCUUUGAAGGAAGGAAGGACAAGAGUGGCAUGCUAAUGCUACUUUCUGAAAUUUUACGGUCGAAAGAUAGCUUAGAAUAGAAGCAUAAGUGACUUUUAUAUUUUGAUGGUAUAGUUUAAACCAGGCAUGGGCAAACUUGGGUCCUCCAGGUGUAUAAGCGGCUGAGGGGGAAAAGGAAAGGGCCCGAAGCUAUUAGGAAUGGUGGGAGUUAAAGUCCAAAACACCUGGAGGGCCCAAGUUUGCCCAUGCCCGGUUUAAACUGUACUAAGAUCAGAAAAUUAGGGGUUGUAUAAGAAACUGAAAGUUGUGACAUCAGCUCCAAAUGACUGUACAUCAGAAUUUCCUUGUCAUUUUUCUCUUCCUUCUUCUGCUCUUUUAGAGAAAAGUAAGCUGCUGGAGAAUGAUGUAAUAUCCAUUUUGUGACUACUUUAAAAUUUGCACAAUGUUUCUUACAAAGUACUUUAUACCUUGUUUACAAUAAAGAUCAGUUUCUUUAGAA